CAUGUAUGUAGCAUUCUUGGCGUGUGUGUGGCUGCCGGCCGCAUCAACAGGCCGCCACCUGCCCCCUGGAAAGCAGCAGUUUGUUGUUCUGCGCUCCAUCGAUACAGGCAGCAGACUUGCCGAGCAAUGUCUGAUUGGCGAGAAGGACCUUGCGCGAAACAUGUCGUAUCCUCAGCUUGGUACACACCAGCUGCAAUCUAUGGCUGAAGCAGCAGUCUCUGGCACAAAGGAUAAGGCAGAGGACGCACAGACAACAGGCGGACUCCGCCAAGUGCUCGAACUCGUGCUGAAGACCAACGCCAACGGAUUCUUCUACAUGCACCACUAUCCGUAAUGCAUUUUGCAUGAAGCAGAAACCGGUUGGUCCUGGUGUGAAGAUGGCAAGUGAGUCGGGAUCGACGCGUACAGGACUGCUUUUUUCUCCUGUUUCGUCGUCUCAGUCAGGCCAAGCUGGCGGUUUCUUACAGGCUCGGGCGAGCCCUUGGGGCCCGGGGCAAAGGGACUGUGCGCAUGCAUCGUGGGAAGGCAGAUCGGCAGCGCGACUUUAGGAACUUGUGUGGCUCACGAGAGGGGCA